AUGCAUUCUGUCGAGCAUUGUGCCUGGUUGGUGCUGUCGUAUCGUUGCAGUAUCUCGUGCAACAAUUACACGGAAACACGGCCAUCGAAAAUUGGCCGCGCUGAAAAUGAGCGCGAUUUCCCGCGAUUAACGAGCAACGAGGAAAAGUUGCGACGUUAUGUUAUACUGCUGGCCUCUUUCAAGCACAUCUUGCACCAUGAAAGUGCUCGCAAUCGCGAGAGAUGCAGACGUAAAAGUCGAACAGCUGUUAGCAAUCACUAUCACACGUUUCCUGUUGAUUUUGCAGAAGCGAUACGAUCCUGGGACAAACUCUCGCAACUGAUACCAACGAAUUCGGUAUACGAGAAACAAGAUCGAAGUGCAUCGCCGUCCAACAAGGAGGCUGAUGCAUCAUUAGCGCAUUCGUUGGACGGGAACAAUGUGAUGGACACGUCGAAGUUAAAAGAGGAAGGGGACCAUCACGAGGAGGAGGAGGAAGAGGAACCUAAGCUAACAUACGACGCCGAAGAAUACGAAGAUGAAGAUAAGCACGAAAAGGAAGACGAUGAAGAAGAAGAGGUGGUAGAGGAGGAGGUAGAGGAGGAGGAAGAUCCCUCCGAUACUGACAAUGGCGCAACGAAGAAAGAGAGAUCUCCGGCGGAAGCCAGAAGCGUAUCGAAUACUGAAACGGCAAAUGAUUCCAGGGAUGAGGAUUACAUUGAAGAUUCGCCGGGAAAUCACUACGACGACACGUAUUAUUAUUACGACGAGUACGAUACCGGAAAUCGUUCCCGAUACGAGGCCGUAGAUGACAAAAACAUCCAUCCGGAUCCGAAACCCGAACAGGAAGUCGUAUCGAGGAAUUCAUCGAAACACGGUGCCGUGGGGAAAAGAGACGACUUGCAUGAGCCGUCCUCCAACUCAUCCUCGCAUGCUAUCGAAGAGGAAGUUGACAAUCCGAUUCAACUGGAAGAGGGUUCGUCCAUGGAGGGCAGCGACAAGACAUUCGCUGUCCUGAACACGUCGGGAGAGGCAUCCGGCAACACCUCUUCGGAGGAGGACAUCGGUUCCAUCCUGAUAGGCGGCGCCGUGGUCUCUGUAGUGACCACGAAGAGCGUGGUGAACGGUACAAUUUCGGUACCAACGACGGUUUCGCCGACUACAACGGUGCAAGUCGCGCUGCCACCGCCGUCGCCAUCGCUGACCGAGACGACGGUAGCACCCGCGCCGGAAAUAACCACUGAGGAUUCCUCGAGGAUCUUGGCUUCGGUACAGACCAGCCGCAGCAUCUCGGGUGCGCGUUUCCUACCGUUCCCGGUGAUGGAUCGCGUGGAGCAAGUAGAGGCUCACGGCGGGACACCCGAGAGCAAAAAGACGUCGCAAUCUCCGUCCGAGUCUACGGAAAGCAUCAUCGACAAGCUCGACUGGGCACAGUCGAAGUUGUCCAGUGAUCUCCUGCCGGCUGCCAUCCUUGGCACCGGGGGUUUCCGGAACACUGGCAACACGCUGCAACUGGACGCGUUGGCAGAGCGGGAUCGCGCGACAACCCGUCGGAGAUUCACCACCACCGCCAGGACGCCGGCCAUCAGCAAGUUCGUGCCGCGGCGCUACAACGACAAGCGAGCGGAUCACGCUAACGCCAGCACGGCGAAACCGCGAUUCGAGACUACGCUAGAUAAUCUGGAAGGUCUACUGCCGCGGGACUACGUGCUAAAAGGGACCACGCCAAGCGUGGGGUCAUCCAAGAUGAAUUUCAGGUGGCCUUCCUCGAAACCGACAACAACAGAAGCAGCAGAGACGAAGGCUACGUCAACUACACCACGAGCGAAGCCUAAAGCCGGCAUUGUCGUCCAAGACGUCAGCGCGUUCUUGCCACCGGGGUACAAACUGAAGAAAGAAGACACGGCUGUCACGGAAAGUUCUCUGCUGAGCGACAUCCUCGCUAAAUCCAAGGUCGAUAUUUCAUCUCUCUUGCCUCCCGACUACGACAAGAAAAAGGUCGAGGAAGAAUCCAAGUCAAAAAGUAUCGCAGUCACGACAACAGCGAUGACGACCACUACCACUACUACUACAGCAAAGAGUACAGGCAUUACGCCAGAAAAGAUUGCCUCGUCCAUCCAGGAUCUCUUCGCGUCCUCCAAUGUCGAUAUAUCUGCUUUGUUACCUAAGGAUUACGAACAAAAGAGGAAGAUUCUCGUAGCGGAUAAUAAAACCGAUGACGUAAGCAGCGAGCAAAGCAUAGGUACGACGGCAGCGACAGUCACAGAAGGAACCAAUUCCGAGUCGCCCACCACGAAAAAAGCCGGCGGAUUGAAGAUCGUAUUCCCUAGUAGACCAGGUGGCCGCAAACCUGUCCACAAGAUAACUACUCCGCAUACUCUGCGCGGAGAGGGUCCAGGCGCGGUGACGCCGAAAAUACAAAAGGGAUGGCCGACUAGAGCUACCACGGAGUUUACCGGAUGGCCGACUCCAUCCACUACGCCAAUCUCCAUUGAGAAAUUGCUAGAAGCUGCGCGCACAGCUACGGUGGCGUCAGUGAACAUAUCGGUUAUUCCCAGCACGAAUGAAAUCUCGAGCACGUCGUCGACGUCGACGACGACAACCACGCCGAGACCGACGACGCCCGGUGUAUGCGACGAGGAGUGCGAAGUCGCCGGCACAAUACGCAUCAUCGGGAACGCGACAUGGGUGCCAGAACUGUUCGAUCGGAACACUCGCGAGUGGCAAGAGCUCGCGAACCAAGUGGAGCGAGAGAUGAACUUUAUAUUUUCAAAGUCCAGUGUUUUAAUGAACUGGUACAAACGUAUAAGGAUCGAUUCGUUCAGUCAAGGUAGCAUCUUGGUAGACUACUUUGUCGAGCUAGCCAAUAUCCAGCAAAAGGUUAACACUCGGGAGCUGAAAGUAAUCUUUCACGAUUCGCUGCGGACGUACAAUGCCAAUCGAUGGAACGAAACGAGUACGAAGGGUGCAUUAAGGAUGGGAAUUUUCACUAUCGAUCCUAAAUACACCGACUUCGUGGUGAUACCAAAAUGGAACACGCCACAAUACAUUGAAAAAGACGACAGACUGAUACCUCAAUGGGCCAUUGCGGUGAUAGUGAUAGGCGUCGGAGGUUUACUAUUUAUUAUCGUGUUCGGUGUGUCUGUGUUGGUCAACAGACAAAACGGAUCGAAGCUGAAGCCGACGCUGUCCGCCAUUUACGAGGAGGAGGUAGCCAAGCAUACGUCGAGUCACAGAUCAAGCGAUUACUCCAAGCCGGUGCACACGAUAUGGACCGAUCCCGACGUUUCUUGGAACGACAAGUCCUUCGAGUCGACCUCCAACAAGAUUCUGGUCGACAAAUCCUUCCAGGAUAACAAGAAGUACAAUCUGUACGACAGCUGGCGAUCCGAGUGGAACGGUUACAACCCCUACUACAAUCCCUCGCACGCGAGCAGCAAGUACGGCGGUUACGACAGCACGACGAACCUGUCGAGCCGUCACCAUCAUCAUCCCGACUACGACACGAACUUCUGAGCUUGACGGCAAUAAACUGCAAUUUCCUCUAUC